AUCCAUGACACGCGAAAAGCUAGACCCAACUUCUUUCCUAUGAAGCCCAGAAAAUCUGACCAAACUGUCACAUCAGGCUUUAGGCUAUCAACUGAACAAAGGACUUCGUUUUAACAGGAUCACCUAGGGUCGUCCAGAUCUGGCACUGUUGCUUGAACCAUAGCUUUGGAACGUAGGGGCACAAUGGCUGCCGACAGCCAGGAUGCCAUGGCCUCGCCGCUGUCACUCAUCUCCAGCUUCUGGCGCGACUUUGACCUCGAGGGAAUGCGUGCAAAGCUGGACGAUGUCGCCUUGAAAGUUGCAGAGCACCAGGAAGAGUCCACACAGAAUCGACGCAAGCUUGCCGAGGCCACGCGCGAGUUUAAGAAGAACAACGAAGCUGUCAGCAAGACUGUUGGGCCGCUGCUAAAACAGUAUCAGGAGGAGAUUGACCGUCUAACUAAGCGCGCGAAGCAUGGCGAAACCGCGUAUUUGGACCUCUACCAGAAGCUCUAUGAAGCGCCCGAUCCAGCUCCCGCGUUGGCGCUAUCCUUCGCACACGCUUCUCGCGCCACCGACCUGGAGGCACAGUGCAAAAAGCUAGCGACUGAGCUUGCGGAAUACAAAGCCGAAUCGGCACAGAUUAAGAACCAGGACCUUACAGUCCGCAAGCUGGAGGAGAAGGUCCGGUCUUUGGAAGCGCAUGUGGAGGAGAAGGACCGGGAGCUUCAGGAGGUUCGCCAGCGUGCCGUUGCGGAGGCGGAUGCCGCACGUGUUGCCGCCAUGCAGAGCCGCGAGGCCGAGCUGGAGGCCAUGCUGAGUCAGGCGCAGGCCAGCCUGGCGGCCAUGCAGAAGCUCUACACGGGCGCGGAAAACCAGCUGUUCGCCAUCCAGUCUCAGAGCGAGGAGGAGCGCAUGGGGCGGCAUGCGGAGCUGGAGCUGGCAUCCGCGGAGCUGGAGCGGGCGCAGGAGCGCUUGGCGACGCUUGAACGCGAACGCAACGCCCUGGUGGCGAAGCUGCAGCAAGACGCAGCAGCAGCGGGCGUCGGGUCGCCAGCGACCCAUGGGUCAGCCGGUGGCGCCCACCGCAGCAGCGGCGGCGGCUCAGCGGCGGCUGCCGCUAGCAUUGAGGAGACGUUGCGUGCUGAGCUGGGUUCGCAGCGGGAGCUUGCGUCACGGCUAAGAAGCGAGCUGCUGUCGGUGCGUUCGGAGUUUGAGGAGGCUCGGGAGAUGCUGGAGGCGCGUGUGGAGGGUCUGAAGGCGACGCUGGCGGCAACAGAGCAGCAUGCGGCUGCGCUGGAGGAGGAGCUCGCGGCGAGGCCUACACAGGCGCAGAUGGAGGAGCUCCGGCAACAGCUGCGAGUGCUGCAAGCCAUCGGGUACAACACCUUGGAUGUGGAGGCCGACGACGAUGUCACCCGCAACAGCAGCACCCGCACCGGUGCCAAGGGCGGCGCAGCAGCAUCAGGUGGCGCUGCGGAUGGCGGUUCCAGGGCCGGCGGGAGCGGCGGUUCAUCUUCCCUGGGUGCUCCGGGGUCGCUGGAGGCCUUGCUGCUGUCUAAGAACCGGCAUCUGGAGCACGAGGUGACGAUGAUGAAGCUGCGGGUGGUGGAUGUACGGCAGGAGGCGGAUGCGGCGUUGGCACAUGCAGCGGAGGUGGAGGCGCAGCUGGCGGAGCAGGUUGCUCUUGUACGACAACUGGAGGAGGAUUUGCUAGCCAGUCGGGCAGCAGAGCAACGCCUGGCAGGAGGAGGUGCCGGUGGAGCGGGCGGCGUAGGAGCAGCCGGCUCCGCUAACGACGGCGUAGCAGGCCUGGCCUCAGCCUCCGGCGCCGCUGCUGACGGCGAGGACGGCGACGCCAGCAUGCUGCGCGUGCUGUGCGCCCAACGCGACCGCUUCCGCGCGCGCGUGCACGACCUUGAAGAGGAGCUCACGCGGCUGCGGGCGGAGCUGGCGGCCACCAAGAGCGCUGCGGCGGCGGCCAAGGCGGAUAACAUUGCGCUUGUGGAGAGGCUGAGGUAUGUGCACUCGCGCAGUGGUCCCUCCGCUGCCGGCGCGGGCGCCGCCGGGGGGCGAAACGCCAAGGCAGGCGGCGGUGGCGGUGCUGACGUGGAGACGGGUGCCGAGGUGGAGCGGCGGUACGGCAGGAUGUACGACGAGGGUAUCAACCCCUUCAAGGAGUUCAAGGAGCAACAGAAGGAGCGACAGAAGACCGCCAUGGGGUUCGUGGACAAGGCUAUGUACAUGCUGUCCCAGCUGGUGUACGGCAACUCCGCCGCGCGCAUGUUUGCAUUCGUGUACCUGGCGCUCAUGCACGCGCUGGUGUUUGUCAGCAUGAUGCGCAUGACGCACCACUCCAGCCACCAGCUCUACUCGCACACUCAGUCGGUGCUCGGCGACGCUCGCCACGACGCCACCGCCGCCAUGCAUCAUGAGGCGGUGGCAGGCGUGCCGCUCAGGCAGUUGCCGUGAAACACAAGGCAUACGGCACGUGUUAUACAUACCGAUAGCAGCAUAGCUUGGUUAGGCACUUGCGUGUAACGCAGAAGUUGGAAUGGUAGUUAGUGGGAUUAGUGGGACCGCGGGCCGGGAAUUCGUUAGGAAGGCGCUGCGCCGCUGGCUGGUGUAUGGGGUGACGGGGAUGCAUGGUGUUGGGCAGGGAUGCAGGAUGACAUGGCGCCAGCGUGAUAUGCCCCUUCCACAUGAAAUAGACUGUUGCCCCCCAUGCCGUUUGCCUGGGCCCUCUGGCCAAGCGAGUACGGGUUGCUAUUUUGGUGUUGCUCUAGCUCUUAAACGGUCCCGUGGUCUGUUACGGGGGCAAGUCCCGAGCGGUCUCAAACAGACCGACUAGGUAUGGCUGGGCAUGGCGAGGUUAACUAGGCAUGCGCACUCGGAUACUUAGUACCUAAGCUGCUGUGGAGGAUAGGGAGCAAGCAGAAGGAGUGUGUAAGAGUUCCAGCUGGUUCUAACAGUUAUUUUAACGUGUUUGGGAAUGGCUGCCUUUUCCCGUGGAAUUCAAGCUGACCCAUCUGCUCGAGUUAUUGCCUUGCGUCUUGGGGGCGGUGUUAUGGCGUGUUGCAGUACGGCUGUACGGCAUCAUACGGUACGGCAGGUUAAGAUUACGG